UUCAUUUAGAAAUCGGUCACUAGUUUAAAGAUGGGGCUGUGCAUUGUAUCCUUUGCAACUGUGCUGUUGCUUCAUUACGGAACGGCUAGUGCUUAUGUCACUGGAAUGCCAGGGUGGACAAAUAGUCUACAAGUGAGCAAUGAAAAUGUUGUGAGCAAAUUUCUCUGUGGCAUUGAAUUUGAGGUUUGUUAUGGCCAAAAACUGAGCACCGACGUCUUUGCACUUAAUAAUAAAAUAUACAAAACGGAGGUAUAUGAACUAAAACCAACAAAUACCCUAAACGAUAUUGUUAACGAGCAAAAAUAUUUAAAAGAAGCUUUAGUUGUUUUGGCAAACAAAGUGGCGGAACAGGGCGUUAUCACAAACGAGGAACUGUUAUCAGUCAAGCGUAAACAAGCACAACAAUUUGCCGACUUUUCUAUGCGCAUAAGGAAGGCCUCAGAGCAUCGCAAACAUCUUGACGAACCCACAUCUACUGAUUCGAACGCCGAUUUACCAGCCAGCUGCGCUGAAGCUUUUGCAAAGGACGAAUUUGCUGAAAGCGGCAUCUAUACAAUAUACCUGCCCAAUUUUGAUUCCACUCCCUUCGAAGUCUACUGCCUAGCAGAUCCGCAUGGUGGUGCCGCCUGGACUGUGGUGCAACGUCGCACAGAUGGCGCUGAGGAUUUCUAUCGCGAUUGGGAUGAUUAUGUGGCCGGAUUUGGUGACAAGGAAGAGGAAUUUUUUAUUGGUUUAGACAAAUUAUAUGCGCUCACAAAUGAUCAACCCAAUGAGUUAUGGAUACAAAUGGAGGAUUUCGACGGAGAGGAACGUUAUGCAAAAUAUGCAGAUUUCGCCAUCGACAAUGAUAUUGAGAAUUAUGCCUUAAAUAAAUUGAAUGGUUUUACUGGCAAUGCAGGAGAUUCGAUGAUAGUGCAAAAGGGUCAACAAUUUACAACAAGAGAUCAUGACAACGAUAGCGACCCAACGAAAAAUUGUGCCAUCGCCUAUUUGGGAGCCUGGUGGUACAAUCGUUGCCAUGAUAGCAACCUGAAUGGUCAAUAUAUGCCUGGUGGAUACUAUUCGGUCGAAGAAGCUCAGGGCAUUGAUUGGUACACUUGGCAUGGACAUAAUUACUCGCUGAAGUACGCACACAUGGCCAUCAGACCAAAAGCGAGUUCUAACUAAAGAUGCACUAGGAUGAAGGAGGCGAAUAGCCGUGUAUACUAUAAUAUAUUUCAGCUAUUUCAG